CAAUCUAACUUCCGCUAACAACCGGAAGUUGUGGGUUAAACCCGGAAGAUUUCAUUGCAUCAGACUCAGAAGGCGGAGUGGACUCGUGUGCCGUGUAGGCUAACUUAAGCUGACGUCUGUCUGUCUUCAUUUGAAGGAAUGGCCACUCUCUACGUGUCCCCUCACCCUGAUGACUUCAGGAGCCUCCAGGCUCUUAUAGCUGCAGAGUUUUGUACAAACCCUCGUCCUCGAAUAGUCACAGAAGAAGCCCCUCCAGCUCUGAAUGCAUACAAAUCCAGACCGACUCUGGUGCUGGGCUCUGGGGAAGGUGGCGCUGUCCUGAGUAGUACCAGUGCCGUCACCUGGUACCUGGCCUCUCAGGGGCAGAAAGCAGGACUGGAUUCAAAACAACAGAGCCAGGUGUGGCAGUGGCUCAGCUUCGCAGACAACGAGCUCACACCAGUGUCCUGUGCUUUGGUCUUCCCUCUGAUGGGAUUUAAAGGCGUGGAUAAGAAGAUUCAGCAGAGCUCCCGUGCUGAGCUGCUGCGUGUUCUCAAGGUUCUUAAUCAGGUGCUGGAACCAAAAACCUUUCUAGUGGGAGAGAGCAUUACCCUGGCCGACAUUGCUGUAACCGCAGCUGUUCUUCUUCCUUUUAAAUAUGCCUUGGAGCCCACAGACAGGAAGUCACUGACCAACGUGACGAGGUGGUUCACGACCUGCAUCAAUCAGCCACAGUUCCUGAAGGUGUUGGGGAAAAUCUCACUGUGUGAGAAAAUGGUUCCAGUCACACCAAAGACAAACGCUGCCCCCGAGACUAAAGUCACCAACGGUGGUCCUACUGCUGAGGCUGCAGGCACCCAGGCUAAUGGUGAAGAAGGUCCUCCAAAGACAGAAGCCCAGCUGAAGAAGGAAGCCAAGAAGAGAGAAAAACUGGAGAAGUUUCAGCAGAAGAAAGAGAUGGAGGCAAAGAAGAAGACACAGCCCGCGGCAGAGAAAAAGGCCAAACCUGAGAAGAAAGAGUUGGGAGUCAUCACAUACAACGUCCCUACUCCUCCUGGGGAGAAAAAAGACGUCGUCAGUCCUCUCCCUGACGCCUACAGUCCUCAGUAUGUGGAAGCCUCCUGGUAUCCAUGGUGGGAGAAGCAAGGAUUCUUCAAACCUGAAUAUGGGAGGACAAGCGUGAGCGAGGAAAACCCCCGUGGCCUCUUCAUGAUGUGCAUCCCACCACCUAAUGUAACCGGGUCACUGCACCUGGGUCACGCUCUCACCAACGCCAUCCAGGACUCUCUGACCAGAUGGCACAGGAUGCGCGGUGAGACCACUCUGUGGAACCCAGGCUGUGACCACGCAGGCAUCGCCACUCAGGUGGUCGUGGAGAAGAAGCUGAAGAGAGACAGGGGAAUGAGCCGCCACGACCUGGGCAGGGAGAAGUUCAUCCAGGAAGUGUGGAAGUGGAAGAACGAAAAAGGAGACCGGAUCUACCACCAGCUGAAGAAACUGGGCUCCUCCAUGGACUGGGACAGAGCCUGCUUCACCAUGGACCCCAAACUGUCCUACGCCGUCCAGGAGUCCUUCAUCAGACUGCACCAAGAAGGAGUGAUCUACAGGAGCAAGAGGCUGGUCAACUGGUCCUGCACCCUGAACUCUGCCAUCUCUGACAUCGAGGUGGACAAGAGGGAGCUGACGGGCCGGACUCUGCUGCCCGUCCCUGGUUACACAGAGAAGGUGGAGUUUGGAGUCCUGGUGUCGUUCGCCUACAAGGUGGACGCCUCAGAUGAGGAGGUUGUCGUGGCAACCACUCGUAUUGAGACCAUGCUGGGCGACACGGCGGUGGCCGUCCACCCCGCUGACCCCAGGUACCAGCAUCUGAAGGGGAAGAUGGUGCAGCAUCCCUUCUGUGACCGCAAGAUGCCCAUCGUGAUGGACGAGUUCGUGGACAUGAGCUUUGGAACAGGUGCCGUCAAAAUCACUCCGGCCCAUGACCAUAAUGACUACGAGGUUGGAGAGCGGCACAAUCUGGCCUUCAUCAACAUCCUGGACGAGAACGGCCUGCUCAUUAACGUCCCCCCUCCCUUCCUGGGAAUGAAACGAUUUGAGGCCAGGAAGGCGGUGCUGCAGGCUCUGAUGGACCGAGGCCACUUCAAAGAGAUCAAAGACAACCCCAUGGUGGUUCCAGUCUGCAGUCGUUCCAAAGACAUCGUGGAGCCUCUGAUGAAGCCACAGUGGUACGUGAACUGCAGCGACAUGGGCAAACAGGCGGCUGAUGCCGUCAGAGAGGGACGGCUGAAAAUCAUCCCCGAGCACCACCUGAAAACCUGGUUCAACUGGCUGGACAACAUCAGGGAUUGGUGCAUCUCUCGACAGCUGUGGUGGGGUCACCGUAUCCCAGCUUACUUUGUCACCGUCAACGAUCCCUCUGUGAAACCAGGAGAGGACGUAGACGGUCAUUACUGGGUCAGUGGAAGGACAGAAGAGGAGGCCAGAGAGCAGGCGGCCAAACGCUUCAACGUCUCUGUUGACAAAAUCAGCCUCAGACAAGACGAGGACGUUCUGGACACCUGGUUCUCCUCUGGGAUUUUCCCCUUCUCUAUUUUUGGAUGGCCAAAUGAGUGUGAAGAUCUGAACGUCUUCUACCCUGGGACUCUGCUGGAGACCGGCCACGACAUCCUGUUCUUCUGGGUCGCACGUAUGGUGAUGAUGGGCCUGAAGCUGACGGGAAAGCUGCCCUUCAAAGAGGUUUAUCUUCACGCCGUGGUGAGAGACGCCCACGGGAGGAAGAUGAGCAAAUCUCUGGGCAACGUCAUCGACCCGCUGGACGUCAUCAUGGGGAUCUCCCUGGAGGGUCUUCAUGCUCAGUUGAUCGAGAGCAACCUGGAUCCUUUAGAGGUGGAGAAGGCGAAGCAGGGACAGAAGUCGGAUUAUCCAAAUGGAAUCCCAGAGUGCGGCACAGAUGCUCUCCGCUUCGCGCUGUUGUCCUACUGUAGUCAAGGCAGGGACAUCAACCUGGAUGUCAACCGCAUCCUCGGCUACCGUCACUUCUGCAACAAACUGUGGAACGCUGUCAAGUUUGCCAUGAAGACUCUGGGAGAGAACUUUGUUCCUUCAGAGAAAGCCCAGCUGUGUGGAGAGGAGAGCGUGUCGGACCGAUGGAUUCUGUCUCGACUCAGUGCUGCUGUGGCCUCGUGUGACGCCGGCUUCAAAGCCUACGACUUCCCCAGCAUCACCACCGCCGUCUACAACUUCUGGCUGUACGAACUGUGUGACGUUUACCUGGAAAGCGUGAAGCCAGUGUUUAACAAAGCAGUGGAGGACGACAACAGUCGGAGACAGGCGGCCGUCUGCAGACAGACCCUCUACACCUGUCUGGACGUCGGUCUGCGCCUCCUGUCCCCGAUGAUGCCCUUCGUCGCAGAGGAGCUGUACCAGAGGCUGCCGCGAAGACGACCGCAGAGCGACGCCCCCAGUGUCUGUGUCACCCCCUACCCCGAAACAGAGGAGUUCUGUUGGCACAGUGAGGACGUGGACCGGGACAUGGACUUUGUCAUGACUGUGGUCAGGACCAUCCGGUCGCUCAGGUCCGACUACAACCUGAACAAACUCAGAACAGACUGUUACCUCCAGUGCAUCGACUCGGCCACGGCCGCUCAGGUCCAGACCUACAGUCUGCAGAUCCAGACCCUGACCUACUCUCAGACCGUGGUUCCUCUGACGGCCGACCAGUCCGUCCCAGAAGGCUGUGCUGUGGCCAUGGCCUCCGACAGGUGCACCGUCAACCUGCUGCUCAAGGGUCUGAUUGACGUGGAGAAGGAAGUUACAAAACUGAUGACGCGGCGAGGAGACCUGGAGAAACAGCUGGAGAAACUGAGGGAGAAGAUGGUGAAGAACGACUACAAGGAGAAGGUGCCGCUGAAGGUGCAGGAGCAGGAUUCUGAGAAGCUGCGUCAGAGUCAGACUGAACUGGAGAAGGUGAAGGAAGCUGUGGAGAACUUUAGGAAAAUGAUGUAAUCACCCCCACCCCCCAGAGUGAUGAUGUCACUGCUUUAAUUAUCUCCUGUCAAAUUAGAGUUCAUUUACAUUUUACACUGCAGUCUGAGAGUGAAGGGAAUAAAACUUCAAAAACCAAAA